AAAGAGCUGAGGACAGCGCUGAAUUCUCCCGAAGCUUUCACGAUAGAGGCAGCAGCAGCAGCAGUAGCAACUUCGUCGUCAGCAAGUGAACGUAACGAACUCUCACGAUCAAGUACCAUAGAUGAAGCUAUUGAAGCUGUGAUAGCUAAUCAGAUUGAAAGCCUUGUCAACGGAUCGCAAACAGAUCAUCACACGGCGUAA